ACCAAGCUAACCUUUGUUCAUGAGUUCGGGUUUCGGUGAACGUCAGGUCGUUCGUCAAGUGUGAAUAGUUUACGCCACGAAAAAAAUGGCGAUUUGACCGUGGUCCGUUUAGUGAAAAAAGCUCUAUGAAAUAAACGUUCGAAUUGUCGAUUGUAACUGGAUUCUGAAUUAAACGACAAGCGCCAUGGUGCAAAGCCCUUAAAAUAAAUCAAUAAAUAACACAUUCCUCUCACUCUAGGAGCUCAAUAACACUUCUUUUUAUACCAUAAUCGUUCAGGUUUAAGUAGGAUUAAUCAAAAUGAUCACGAUCACGCCGAACGCGCAGAUGCCCAACAUGAACCAGGGGAUGAACCGCAUGCCGAAUGCCGGUGCAAACCAGAACCAGCGUUUCACACACCCUGGUCGGCAGAACUUCUUCCAGCCGUUCAGGGCGUACAGGCAAGGGGGGAACGGGCCCGUUGUCUUCGACCCCGAGUUCGACGGUAAAAGACUAAGGAAAUCGGCUAUGCGUAAAACAGUCGAUUAUAACGCUGCGAUAAUAAAAAUGCUCGAAGCGAGGGUCUGGCAGAGGGAUUACAGAGACAGACGGAGCCUCCAGCCGGACGCGAUGUACAUACCCGAGCUGAUGCCACCGUCUUCGUAUGAAGAUAAUCCGAUUAACGCUGUCACGACAAGGUUCGUCAAAACGGCCACAAACAAGAUGAGGUGCCCAAUCUUCUGUAUGGCGUGGACACCAGAAGGCAGGAGGCUCGUUACGGGUGCUUCAUCUGGUGAAUUCACCCUUUGGAACGGUUUGACAUUCAACUUUGAGACGAUACUUCAGGCUCAUGACACGCCGGUAAGGACGAUGGUAUGGUCUCACAAUGAAAUGUGGAUGGUGACCGCUGACCAUACUGGCUUUGUAAAAUACUGGCAGUCGAAUAUGAACAAUGUGAAAAUGUUUAUGGCCCACCAGGAAGCGAUACGAGGCAUCAGCUUCAGCCCAACAGAUAGUAAGUUUGCCUCCUGCUCUGAUGACGGGACAAUAAAAGUUUGGGAUUUCUAUAGAUGCCAGGAGGAAAGAACUUUAAGAGGUCAUGGAGCUGAUGUCAAAUGUGUCCAUUGGCAUCCACAGAAAGGACUGAUUAUAUCGGGAAGUAAGGACAACCAGCAGCCGGUUAAGUUGUGGGAUCCGAAAACAGGAACUUCUUUAGCGACAAUACAUGCUCAUAAGAGUACAGUGAUGGAUGUCAAAUGGAAUAACAACGGGAACUGGUUUGUCACUGCCAGCAGGGAUCACCUUCUCAAACUGUUCGAUAUUAGAAAUUUAAACACAGAGGUGCAGGUGUUCAGAGGUCACAAGAAGGAGUCGAGUAGUGUGGCAUGGCAUCCCACACAUGAAGGUCUGUUCUGCAGUGGUGGUUCAGAUGGAGCCAUUCUGUUUUGGCACGUUGGCGCUGAAAAGGAAGUUGGUGCUAUAGAACAAGCGCAUGACAGUAUUGUUUGGACUUUAGCAUGGCAUCCAAUGGGCCAUAUCUUAUGUAGCGGUAGCAAUGACCACACUAGCAAAUUCUGGACUAGGAACCGUCCUGGGGAUUCCAUGAGAGACAAGUACAACCUGAACACGCUUCCGGCAUCUAUGUCCGGACUUGAAGAGCAAGAAAUCGAGGACGUCACUUCGGUGAUCCCUGGCAUGGGCCCCGAAGACAAGGUUGACCUUAACUUGAGUGCCUCGAUUUUGCCGGGUCUGACACCAGGGUCGAUCCCAGGCUUGGAAGACAUUGAUAUCUCAACUGAUGACAAAAACAAAGCCCAAUCUAAAAAGGUACCCUAUUCUAAACCUAUACCCAAAAACUUUCAAGCGCAUUGGAAUGAUACUGGAAAAUUGGACGAUUUGGAUGAUGACAGUAAGGAUGGAAUUGACCCAAUAGCCCUUCUCAAUCAGCUCAUCGAGCAACAGCCAGGUGUCAAACUAGUGAAAGAUCUAGUUCCCGAAGCACUGUACAUUUAUGGAAAAGUGCUGACCGUCGAACCUGGUUCCACAUUGGCUAAAGCUAUUUCUGAAGGAGGAGAAAAACUUAUGAAGUAUCUCAACUCCGGGGCAGUCAAAGAACUGCGUGAUGUUAUCCCUCAUUACGAUAAUGAUAACCAAGUCAAUCUUGAUGAUAGCGAUUCAGAUCACAAUGAACAGGAUGACUGUGUUAUUAUGGAAUCAUCAGAUACCCAGACAACUCAUUCUCAAUCAGAUCGCAAGGAUGAAGAUGUAGACAGGAGAGGCCACAAAGUGUCCAGAUUUAGUGACUACAUUCCGCCAAACACCAAUAUGCCACCAAACUUCCCGCCUCCAAUGGGACAGGGUUUUGGUAUGCAAGGAAACCAAAAUUUCCAGGGGCCGGGUCAACCCCCGGAUCAUGGCAACUUCAACCAAGGCAACCAGAUGAACUUCCAAGACGGCCCUUCGGCUUUCGGCAGUCCGAUGCCGAACAAUUUCCAACAGACCAACUUCAUGGACGGCCCACCUCCGAUGCCGCAGAAUAUGAGGCCGCCUCCGUUGUUCAUGCCUAAUUCGGACAUGUUCAGACCAAACCAGCCAGGCCAGUUCAAUCAGCAGGAUCGAAGGAAUUUUUACGAUGACAAGGACGAUCGGUCGAGGGAAUGGGACGACGAUGAAACUAGUCAGGAUAACUACUAUGACAGGGACGAUAGGAAUGAUAGAAACGAUCGUAAUAAUAGGAAUGACAGAGGUGAUAGAAAUGACAGAGGAGACAGGGGCUACAGGGGUAAUAAUUAUAGAAACAGAAGGGGAUGGCAUAAUAAUAGACAAAGACACCCGAGGGGUAUCAGCCAUUAAUGCAAACCUUUCAUUUUAGAAGGAGGUUCUUUUAUACUCAAAUAUUUUAUACCAUUUGUACCUCCUUCUAAGAUUCUCAGUUGGAAAAAAUACUUUUUAUCUAAACAGAGAAAGUGCAUCAUAAUAUAUUUUUGUUAUUGCCUGAUUUUAUUUAACUAUGAACUGAAGUUACAUGUAUGAAAUUCGUCUUGUAAAUAAAACUUGAUUAGAGUACAAUGAGCAGACGAUUGCAAUAAAUUAAAAGAAAAAGUCUUCCCAAUAGAUCAUUGCUCAUUUAUUCUUAUUCGCCUCUUUUGUUCUCUUUAGUUUUACCACUCAAAAAGCUCGUUGGAAAUAGUUUAUAAUUUCCCUUAAAUUUAGUUGUACAUUAAACUGAUAUUAAAAAAUCAAAAUUUCAAGUAAUGUGAAGAAAAUUAGUGAUAUUUAUUUAUACACAGUAAACUUUAUUAUGGAUUUACAUUUAUUCUUUAUUCUUUCUUUGGAUAAAUACCACCAAAAUCAUUCAGAAUUGUGAACAGUGCUUUUCUCUGAAUUGUACUAGUGUAAAUAUGUUCUCUUUUAUUUGUAUUGUACAUAACUUUGAAUAAUUGGUAUUAAAAUGUAAUGUUUAGUAAUUUUGCUUAAA